AUGGAAAUAGUUGAAGUAGUGAAGGACAAAUUGGGGUUUGAUUCCAAGAGAUACACAACAUUAUUGGUUGUGUGUUCCAUUGUUUUGCCCGUGUCCCUCAUGAUAUUGAUCUUGUAUCAGAACAAGCCGUUUGAUCUAAUCGGAGGGUUAGCUACAGCUGAGAAAUCUCGAAAUGUUACAACAUUGACCGUUGAUUUCAAAAAUGAUUCUUCACCACCUGCCGUCAUUCCUGAUGGAAGAAGGCACAAUAGGCAUUUGCCUCCCGGAUUUGGGGAGCAAACAAGUUCAAAAAAUAAUUCCUUGUUGCGUACCAGCGGGCCUGAUGAGAAGCAGCUUAAUGGAACUUUGGCUUUAGGAUUUCAGAGUGAAUCAGGUUCAAGAAAUGAUUCCUUUGGGAAUGGAACUAGUUCGAAAAAUAAUUCCUUGCCGCAUACCAGCGGGCCUGAUGAGAAGCAGCUUAAUGGAACUUUGGUUCCUGGAUUUCGGAAUGAAUCAGGUUCAAGAAAUGAUUCCUCUCAGAGCGCCAGAAUGUCUGUUGAUAAAUUGCUUGGUGGACUUCUGGCUCCUGGAUUUGAUGAAAGAUCUUGCUCAAGUAGGUAUCAGUCUUUCCUAUUUCGCAAAACUUCACCCUAUAAGCCCUCUUCCUAUCUCCUUUCAAAACUACGUAGGUACGAAGAUCUCCAUAAACGUUGUGGACCUCAUACCAAAUCCUACAGCAAAGCCUUUAAGAGGCUCAAAUCAAGUCAUGGCAGUGGUGGAGGAUGUAAAUACCUUGUUUGGGUUCCUGUUAAUGGUCUGGGAAACAGGAUGAUGAGCUUGGUCUCAACAUUUCUUUAUGCUCUCCUCACUGAUCGAGUCCUACUCGUUGAAUUUGGAAAUGACAUGCUUCGUCUAUUUUGCGAGCCAUUUCCAAACUCGUCAUGGAUUUUGCCCAAGCACUUCCCCAUUGAGGGUCAGUUUAACAGUGCUGACUUGAGACAUGAUCGUGGUUAUGGAAACCUGCUAAAGAGCGGCAUCACAAACAAUUCGACGGAAUCACUGCCGUCCUAUGUGUUCCUCAAUCUAGAUCAUACUAAGUAUGAUCUGGAUAGACUAAGUUUUCAUUGCAAUCAAAAUCCAUCUCUUCUCCGAAAGGUACCUUGGUUGUUUCUGAUAUCAGAUCAAUACUUUGUCCCCUCUUUCUUCUUGACGUCAACUUUUAAGCAAGAAAUGCAGAGAUUGUUCCCUGAAAAAGAAACUGUUUUCCAUCACUUGGCUCGCUACCUUUUCCAUCCUUCAAACGAGGUAUGGGGGCUAAUCACCAGGUUCUAUCAGGCAUACCUAGCCGAUGCAGAUGAGAGGAUUGGCCUCCAAAUUAGAAUAUUCAACACCACUACAAGUCCAGUUGAAAUUGUUCUUGAUCAACUGUUAAAAUGCACACAGAAGGAAAACUUGUUGCCACGAGUGGAUACAAAACAUCCUUUAGCUACUUCGACCAAAACUCGGAGAUCAAAAGCUAUUCUAGUAACAUCUUUAUAUACCAAGUUCUAUGAAAACAUAAGUAACACGUACUGGGCUAAACCAACUGUGACGGGUGAAGUCAUAAGGGUUUACCAGCCAAGCCAUGAAGAAUCUCAACGCUUUGGAGAUAAUAUGCACAACAUAAAGGCAUGGGCUGAAAUGUAUCUGCUAAGUUUGAGUGAUGUGCUCGUGACAAGUGCUUGGUCUACUUUUGGAUAUGUGGCUCAAGGUCUAGGGGGUCGGAAACCAUGGAUUCUGUACAAGGCAGACAAGGGACACACCCCAAAUCCAUCUUGUGUAAGAGACUUAUCUAUGGAGCCUUGUUUUCAUUUUCCUCGAACUCGUGACUGCAAAACAAAGACCAAAGUCAAUGUUGGGUCUCUGUUUCCUUAUUUGAAAUACUGUGAGGAUCUGAAUUGGGGAGUGAAGCUAGUUAGCGAACAUCAGAAGUUGUAG